AAUCCUUCCAUUGACUGACUACAGUUUUCAUAGGAAGAUUGUAUCAUGAACAAGUUUUUGAUAAUUGUUUCCUGCUUAGCAGCAGUGACUUUUGCCAGCCCAGUUGACGAUAUAACUGUCGAGUACCUCGCUAAUGGAGAAAUGAGAUGCAGAAUUAACUGCAAUCGUAAUCGAAAUCGAAAUCCUAUCAGUCCAUGGAACGAUUGCCCACCAACAAACUGUCCACCACCCUUUAGACCACCCAAUUGUGGCGCUCCAGAUUGUUCCAACGUUGCAAACAGAGUUAGAGGAGUUCAUUUUGAUCAUCCCAAUGAUCCAAAUCGAUUCAUUGUUUGUGCCCCACUUGAUGCUGUUACAUGGGCUCCUAAAGAACAAUGGUGUGGAUGUGGAACUGUUUUCAGUUCCGUUUCAGAUCCAAGUAAAUGUGUUCAUCCUUGGGAUUGGGAACCAGCAUGCCCGUCUCAACAAAACCCGCCAGUUUUAAGCACUGAAAACUGUGGAGAAGACUGUCCUGAUUGCGAUAAUGGUAAUGGUGGUGGUGGUAAUGGUGGUGAUAGUAGUGAAGAAGGUGACGAAAUACCUGAUACUACCCCAUCACCACCAGGAAAUUGCCCAUGUCCAUGCAUAUGUAUUAUGUGGCCGUGUCAGCCUUGCGCUUCUAAUUGCCAAUGUAAUGGACAACAACCACAAAGACCACCAAUGAAUCCAUGGGAUCAACAGCCACAAAGACCACCAAUGAGACCAGACAACCGUCCAAAUAACAAUCCUCAACAACCACAAAGACCACCAAUGAGACCAUGGGAUCAACAACCACAAAGACCACCAAUGAGACCAGACAAUCCGUGGGAGCAGAACCCUGAUGAUACUUGGAAUAGACAACCAAACGAAAGACCCGAUAAUUCAUGGCAACAUCGUCCAAGACAACCUUGGAAUCAACAACAAAACGAUCAUUGGCGCCAAAUGGAUGCCACUGAUGACGAAGAAUCCAAUUAAACGACACUUACGCGGCACGAACAUAUGAUAUUUCUUAAAACAUGUGAUGAUCAUGUUAUAUUUAACCACUUACAGGCUUAUUAAAUACUUAUUGAUGCAAACUUUCCUAUAACCAUUAUUGAUAAAGAUAUAUACAAAAUUGAAAAAUAAAAAUAUCAUGCAGAAGUAAGCAAGCAAAUUAA